AUGGGCACCAAAAAUCCUUCUGAAGCGACUGGGGAGUUGUCGAUAUGGGACCCCGUCCGCUUGUUUGGCUUCUUCCUCUUCCGCAAGACGCAUGAGCUCCACUGGCGCCAACGGCUCGCUCUCUCAUUUCUACAAGCCCAGAGGGCCAGUUUCCCAACCCGUUAUCUCCGCUGGCUGGUCCGGCGAGUCCCAACCAGCGAGGCAAUCGUUCGAUAUGCUGCCAAGCAGGGCAUCCCGCAUAAAUCCAUCACUCUCGAUGCCACUACCACCACCCGCGAUGUCACCCAGGGCGAAAUACCGGACCCAACCCUCCACUUCCUCACACCCACCUCGGUAAACGAGGAUGGCAACGGCUCGACGCUCCUCUACUUUCACGGCGGCGGCUUCGUCAAUCCACUCCGCGGCCCAGCCCACAUGCCUUUCAUCAUGCGGUGCGCCACAGCCUGCGGGGCCAAGCAGGCCGCCAUUCUCGAGUACUCACUCGCCCCGGAGCACCCGUACCCGGCGCAGCUCGUCCAAUGCAUUGCGGCACUCCGGUACCUCCUGGACGAGAGAGAUCUGCGUCCGAACGAACUUGUGCUCGCGGGCGACAGCGCAGGUGGACAGCUUGUUGGGGCGCUGCUUGCCCACGUGCUGCAGCCAUCGCCUUAUGCGGCCCCGGUAAAGCUUAACGACAAAUUCCGGGCUGCCUUGUUCGUGAGUCCGUUUGUAAGGCUACCGCCAAAAGCAGGGAACUUUGACUCUUAUGAGAUCAACGGCCGGAAGGACUACAUCGACCGCCCGCAGGUGGAUAAAUUUAUGGCUGCGUUUCAGGGGAAAGAUGACGAAAUAUGGACAGACCUGUGCGGUGGUAAAGGGUCAGAUGAUGUGUGGAACCGUGUCUUCGCCCGGGGUCCUGACGGUUUGGUCCAGAAGGUGAUGGUCACUGCCGGCACGUCUGAAAUCUUGUUGGAUUGCUGUCGUGUGUUUGCCAAGACCCAUGUCCGAGCAGAAACUGUGACUGCCAGCAGAGACACAGACUACCGGGAGUUUGAAGGCAAGGCUAUGGUGCUGGCGGAGUGCAAGGGGGAAGUUCACGUCCAAGUGGCCUUGGACUCGGCGGUGGGAUACGACAAGGGGUCAAUGGAGAGAGCUAUCAUGUUGUGGUUGGCCAGCCUCUAG